AUGAAUGGGACCGAGGGCCCAAACUUCUACGUGCCCUUCUCCAACAAAACGGGUGUGGUACGCAGCCCCUUCGAGUACCCACAGUACUACCUGGCUGAGCCAUGGCAGUUCUCCAUGCUGGCCGCCUACAUGUUCCUGCUCAUCGUGCUUGGCUUCCCCAUCAACUUCCUCACGCUCUACGUCACGGUCCAGCACAAGAAGCUGCGCACGCCUCUCAACUACAUCCUGCUCAACCUGGCCGUGGCCAACCUCUUCAUGGUCUUCGGUGGCUUCACCACCACCCUCUACACCUCUCUGCAUGGAUACUUUGUCUUUGGGCCCACAGGAUGCAAUUUGGAGGGCUUCUUUGCCACACUGGGCGGUGAAAUUGCCCUGUGGUCUUUGGUGGUCCUGGCCAUUGAGCGGUACGUGGUGGUGUGUAAGCCCAUGAGCAACUUCCGCUUUGGGGAGAACCAUGCCAUAAUGGGCGUCGCCUUCACCUGGGUCAUGGCACUGGCCUGCGCUGCACCCCCCCUCGUUGGUUGGUCCAGGUACAUCCCUGAAGGCAUGCAGUGUUCAUGCGGGAUCGACUACUACACACUCAAGCCAGAGGUCAACAACGAGUCCUUUGUCAUCUACAUGUUCGUGGUCCACUUCACCAUCCCCAUGAUCGUCAUCUUCUUUUGCUACGGGCAGCUUGUCUUCACAGUCAAGGAGGCGGCAGCCCAGCAGCAGGAGUCAGCCACCACCCAGAAGGCUGAGAAGGAGGUCACUCGCAUGGUCAUCAUCAUGGUCAUUGCUUUCCUGAUCUGUUGGGUGCCCUACGCCAGCGUGGCAUUCUACAUCUUCACCCACCAGGGCUCCAACUUUGGCCCCAUCUUCAUGACACUCCCGGCGUUCUUCGCCAAGUCCUCCUCCAUCUACAACCCUGUCAUCUACAUCAUGAUGAACAAGCAGUUCCGGAACUGCAUGCUCACUACCCUCUGCUGUGGCAAGAACCCACUGGGUGAUGACGAGGCCUCCACCACUGCCUCCAAGACGGAGACCAGCCAGGUGGCACCGGCCUAA